AUGGCCAUGGCACCUCCGUGGAUGAUCCGCAUGCGCAUGCCGAUGCUUCUCCUCUUCAUUUCUCUGUCCCUUCUGGGGCGCCUGUCCCUUGCCGCGCGGCCAGCGCAGGGGCAGGGGCCGGCCCAGAAGGGGAAGAGCAGCGAGAAGGAGCUGCAAGGUGUGCUUGGCACGGAGGGAUCCGAAGGCUCCGUGUCGGACCGGGGAAGCUCCUUGGCAAGUCCGGACGAGAUUUUGCUUUCCCGGGAUCAUGGCUGUGCCGAGGCGAUGACUUCUUUGAAGAAAGAGGCCUGCUCAGUGAGUGUCUUUGUGACCAUGGCUUCUACCGUGGCAAGUUCCAUGGACUGCGAGUUCUUGCGAACGAACAACCUGCUCCGAAUCUUCGCCAAGCUUUUCCAACGGGCCGAUGCUGCUGAGCUGGCCAGCAAGCGGGAGGAGCCGAAGAAGCUGCAAGAGAUGGAGACCUGCAAGAAAGAGGACUGCAAACCGGGUGAGGCCGAGGGUGGAAGCUGCUCUGGCAUCCGCUUCACCAGCUACAACGGCAAGAGGAUUCUGAUGAUGCCGCUGGAUUCGCUGGAUGAAGGAAGCAGCGGAGCUAGGAGCACUGCAGUCAAAGAGGGCCUCAGCUUUGCCAUGCUGGGAGGUGGCGUGGACGACUUCUCGAACAGCGAGAAGGUGAUCUUUACACCUGGCUUCCACACACGGCUGCAAUACUUCGGCUACGACCCGAAAAUUGUCAUGCACCUCUGGACCAGUGGCUCUAAAGAAGCUACCGCCCCGCGGACCUGGGCUUGCAUCGACCGGCCGCACUCGAAUCUCCUUGACCCCACCAUCCGAAGCAGCGUCUUCAACGGGACGCUGCCCGGAAGCGAGCCUGCCCCGUUGCACUGGAUGCCCGCCGCCAAGAGCCGAGUCACUGGCGAUCUCAUCAGCGAGGUCUCCGCCGCGGCCUUCAGGACGGACUCGGCGAAGGCGGUCCCCAUGGGUACGGUCACCAUGACCGUUAACAUGACCUACGCCGGCGAAGUCCUGAGCAAGCUUCGGCUUAGUCCCAAUUUCUACUCCAUCGUUGCAGAUUCUGGCGGCCAGGUGGUCGCAAUGAGCCAACGGGCACGAGACGUCGUUUUCAGAGACGGCUUCAGCGAAGAAGAACUCCGGAACCCGUCCGGACAGCCCGCCUGCAGCGCAGAGCGACGGACGGACUGCUGGUGGGCACCGCCCUCGCCACUCUCCCUCAAGAACGCAACGGACCCGAGGUUCAGCGGCAUCGACUUUGAGAGCAUUCUCGCGACGGUCUUCAACGCCUCGAUGAAAAGCGAGCACCUCUGUUCCAUGGGGGUGAGGACUCGGACCCUUGACGUUCCGAAGGGUAACCACCUGGCCGUCUUCUGCCGGCUGAUGGCCAAUCCAGAGUGGGCAAUUUUCCUGCUCGCGCCGCUGGAGGAGCUGCAGACGGCGGCCACAUUCACCGUGGACAAGGAGAAUAUCACCAAGGACAAUGUAGGCAAGAAUGAUGACGGCAAGGACGGCAAGGACACGAUCACCCUCCACAACACGGGUCGCGUGGCGCUUCCUUUCCAAGUCACGGUCAGUGCAGGGAAGGGGGACAACAGCAGCUGCAUGACGGUGUCGCCCUCCAAUGGUACGUUGGCCCCCAAUGAAACCGCGAAGCUGCUCCUGAACUUCGAUCUGGACACUUUUGGCUAUGGCACCUCCAGCGGCUGGAUCAUCGUUCACCCGGACACUUCGGAUGACCGGGGCGCCUGCUUCCGAAAGAGCUCCUGGACCAGGUUCUCCUUGACUCGGCCGAAGCCGAGGGGGUUUUUGAAGGAGGCGAUCAUCCGCAACGGCAUCCCUCUGUCCGCGGCGCUGAUGCUGGCCCUGGCCAUGGUUCUCUACCGAGUGGUCUCUUCCCUGCUGAACUCCUACUACGGGAAGCUGGCCAAGGAGCGCAGCACCAUCGAGAAAGCGCUCUCCGCCACCCAGGAGGUCUCCUUCCCCAUGGUCCUGCUCCAGGUGCCCAUCUUCAAGGAGCUCGGGAAGUUCGUGGCCUUCGAGAACACUCUGCAGCGCUCCACCUGGCUCCACACCAUCCAGGAGAUCGACGACUUCCUGCAGAAGGCACUGAACAAGGUGAUCUUCAUGUCCCACCAGUGGACGGCCUUCGCAGAACCUGAUCAUACAGGCAAGCAAUAUGAGCAGAUGGUCAUGGCCGUGGAGGAGGUGAUGAAGAAGUGGAAGUGGCAGGAAAGCACGACCUACGUGUGGCUCGAUUACAGCUCCAUUCCGCAGAGGCACCGUCCGUCGCAGACAGCUGCGAUCAACUCUCUGACGGUCUACGCCGCCAAGGUCUCCGCUUUCGUGGUCGUGGCGCCUCCCGUGAAGCACAAGGAUCUGGAGGAUGAGUGCAACAAGGACACCUACCAGUGCCGUGCCUGGUGCAGGGCCGAGCAGCUCUCGCACCUUUUGGCCCAGGCUGGUGACAACAUGUUCCUGGCAGAGAGCGGCCAGCUGACCCCCCUCGACGAGGUCUGGCUGCAGAAGUCGAUCCAGGUCUUCGGGGAGGACAGCCAGCUCACCUGCUGCAGGCGCAAGCACGAGGGAAUGGACAUGUGCGACCAGGAGCGUCUGGUGGUGCCCAUGCUGGGCCUCUGGGCCCAGCUUUGCCGAACGGUGAAGGCAGGCGGCGCGAACGAGAAUCUUCGGAAGAUCCACAAAGAUCUCUUGACCUUGGAAGCAGGCGUCCCCAGGAUCAAGAGGAUCUUCCCCGAGACGUUUAUGCAUGAGACGGAGAACGGGCAGGAGGAGCGUACCCUUUUCGGCAACCUUGUGGAGAGGUUGCAGGACACCCUGAAUCAAGAGCAGCCCGCUUCCGAGAAAGAGAAGGAGAAGCGUAACUUCAAGGCGCUGGCCACGGCCACUGCGGCGGCCGCUUCUCUUGCACGCCGCCCUGACACGUUGGGCGUGCCUAUGGCUUCGAACGAAGCUUCGGGUAGGCGCUUGAGCCAAGUCCUAUCUCCUCCGCCGGAGGCCUAA